AAGAAAUAGCAGCUGCUACCAGCAUGAGGGAGGGACAGCCGACACCCAAUAUCUUACCUAUCAUUAAGGACGGUUACGAGGCCGUCCACACCGCCCACCACACGCCCACGCAACCACUGUCUGCAUUCCGCUCCGAUUUGACGCAGGGUUCCGGCACGGACACAUCUCUAGGUCACUCCUCACACCAUCAACCCCACAGGACGAAUUCCCGGGAUCAACAGCACUAUGAGCAACAGCAGCAACGGCACCACCAGCAACAGCAGCUGCAGCACCACCACCAGCAGCAGCAGCAGCAGCAGCAGCAGGCCCUGACGGCCCUCGCCUGAGGCUACAUCAGCCCAGGAGAGCCGUGGAACGCACUUCACCAACACCGCAGAUGAUCCCUCUCUCACCUCACCGAACGAUAACACGAUUUGUGGGCAUCGAUGCUCUUGAUAACGAGGCUUCUUGCUUCUCCACGUGGAAGUCAAGGCCUAAAAUGAGUCUAACGACCACCUAACGACCUCCCCCAACGACCCUUUUCACUACUCAAGAGCCGAGGAGAGGCGACGCCAGCUGGCGGUCUCGGCUCUAGUGGUGAUGAUAGUAUCUAUAGAGCCACGAAAUAAAAUCCACAAGACAUAAUAAUUGUUAAUAUUUCUGAGGGAAAUGAAGAAAUCCUUUGCCUGCUUCUUAUCUUAGGGAUUGGAACCCCCAACAAACUAUAAAGACUCCCAAUCGUCGAAUCUUAUGUCAUUAUCUCACUCUGGUAAACAAAACUUGUAUAUCGAAUGAAAAAAAAUGGAGAGGGAAGAUAUAUGUAUAUUAUUAGAAACACUAAACCUAAAUCCUAUAAAAAUGUUUUUUGUGAAACUCGCGUCAACUCGGUGACUUUCUGACGAAAUUAGGAUGGCGAAUUUUAAAGUUUAAUCUGGAGAGCCUAGCGUGAACGCACUCUAGGUAGCGUAGUGUGUCCCAGCUAUAGGUUGGCGAUGAGCAGGCAAUCAUAGACACCUUUACCCAUGUUGGCUCUUCAAUUACAAGAGAAAACACACAACCAAUAUACCCCAGACACCUUUUCUUCAAGACCCACCAUUGAAGAUUUUUAAGAUCGCUACUAUGUCUCUCUCUCUUUCUCUAUUAUCUCAGGAAGUGAAAAUUAUUUCUGUGUCGUAUGUCCAGAGCUCGUCUUAAGAAGCGAAGGGAACUAGUGAAAGCCUCAAGCCAUUACGAGUAUAUAGCACUGGGAAGGGAUAGGAUAAGGAUUUAGGAUGGGACGGAAAGGAACGGAGGGGGUGGGUAAGGAAUUGCAAUUGAUAGUUGUUCCAUGUCUUCUUCAGGCUUCAGAAAGUAAAGGCGAGAACUUGGAUUCGCCCAAGAGAGAUCACAUGUUGUUUGGUAUCUUGGAUACCAUCCAAGAGGCUUUUCCUUCACCAGUGCAGUAAGAAAAUACGGCUAGUUCUCUCUCUCUCUCUCUCUCUCACUCUCACUCACUCACUCCGAGAAAACAUCCCACACGAUCAAAGCCCGCGACUUCAUAUCCUAGUGUCCCCACAAGGACUAUACAUACCAGCAUAUAUAUAUUAAUAUAUAAUAUAUAUAUAUAUUUCAUAGUGCAAAUAUAUACAGUAUAAAAUGCAUGAGACAGUCUCUCUCUCUCUCACACACACAUAGACUGUUGCACUGUUUGUUGCUGUCCCCCACUGGCUUGGGGGCAUAAUUUUUGGCCACGUUGAUGCUUGUUGAGGCUACUUAAUAAUAAUAUUUACCGCCAUGUUUGUAGGCUGCGUCCAACGCCAUUAAUUUGUUCUGCUACUGUUUUCCUCUGUUGUGUCUUGAUGUCAUUUACUUCUGUACAUAUGUAGUCAAUUUUUAUUCCCCCUCCCCACCUCCCAUAUUGAAGUACUUUUUGUAGUAACAGGAAGACUGUGAAUCAGUCAAUUAUUUGCAUAACACACGAAUUAUGCAUAAUAUAUAAAGUUGUACAUAAUAAUUCCCCCCCCCCCGUAUAUCAUUCUAGAGCGUAGAUAAUCAAGACAGUAUGAUAUACAUAGAUAUACAUAUAUACAUAUAAGGUAUAUUGUUUCGCAAGACGAGUGCAGGUUCACUAACUAGCGAGUGACUUUGAUUAUUUGUUACUUGGGUAAAGUUAGUUGAGUGAAGACUCUUAACAAGCCCAGAUGAGUGAAGCUGGAUAUCCUUUGUUAGCAGAGUAAAACUCAUUUUUGUUAACUAGGUAAAACCACCAUUUUAUUAGCUGAGAUAAAGAGACAACAGUUAGAGGAGAUAAUAGUCAGGGCCAAUUCGAGAGGUUGGCACAUUUGGGCCAAAAUUGGUAUGAUGCUCAGUUUUCAACCAAUGAAUUCAGCUGAAUCUUUUUUGCAACUUGCAACCCAAUUCUACUGGGUUUUAACAAUCCAGAAACAAAAGGGUAUCGCCGCCCCCCCUUUUUUUGUAACUAACAAUGCGUGUUAAAACUGUCGUUUAACCGGAGCCUGGCAGAGGCCUGACAGCUGAGUGAACAGCGCUUCGGAUUCGUAGUCCUGAGGGGGGUUCGAUCCCCGGUGGAGGCGGAAACAAAUGGGCAGAGUUUCU